GGCAGUGCGGGGACGCGGGGCUGCAGGUGCCCGCGGGAGCCCUGGGCGGACAGAGGUGGACGCUCGGACUUGCGCGGAGGUGAGGAAGGUGACUUGCGCUUCCAAGUCCCUCCCCCUUCCCCCGGGCAGUUUCUGGGGGCGCCGAGCAGCGCGGAGGAGGCGCUCGCACCAUGGCCCGGGUCCCCGCGCGCCUGCAGUUCCGCGUGCAACUGCGCUUCGUGACGGAGGAGCAGCUUUUCGGGGCCGGGCCGCUCUCGGCCCCGACCCCGAAGUCUCUGCGACUGGAAGUGCACCCGGCGGGGGAGGAGGCGGACGCGACGGUGAUUGACGCCGAUGGCGUGUGUGUCUUCAAAUGCUUACUCAACAGAGACACUGAAUGUUGCCGCGUGGGGAAGGAAUCCGUCUUGAUCACACUGGGAUACAACAGCAUUUUGCUGAAGUUUGAGUCUCCCGCUGAUCUCGGCUCAUUUUCAAAUACCCUGAAAAGAUGCCGGAAGGAGAAAAAGGAAUCCUCGGUGUUCAGCCAGCGGACAGAAGAGGCAUCGGCCGUACAGUACUUCCAGUUUUAUGGCUGCAUUUCCCAGCAACAGAACAUGAUGCAGGAUUUUGUGAGGACAGCCACUUACCACAGAGCCAUCCUCCAGAACCACACUGACUUCAGAGACAAGGUGGUUCUGGACGUUGGUUGCGGAUCUGGAAUACUGUCAUUUUUUGCUGUUCAGGCUGGAGCUAGGAGAGUGUAUGCUGUUGAAGCCAGUUCAGUAGCACAGUAUGCUGAGAUAACAAAGAACCUUGGAGAAGGUAGGUCAUGGAGAUGGGACACAGCUUGUGAGACACGAACCCUUCCUUCCACCUCCUUCUCCAACAUCCAGAUGCUGGUGAAAAAUAACCACCUUUGCGACAAGAUCAUUGUUGUGCCAGGGAAAAUUGAAGACAUCUCUCUUCCUGAGGCUGUGGAUGUGAUCAUUUCCGAACCGAUGGGAUACAUGCUCUUCAAUGAAAGGAUGCUGGAGAGUUACCUUCAUUCCAAAAAAUGGCUGAAAGCCAGUGGAAUGAUGUUCCCGACAUUUGGCGACAUCCACUUGGCCCCCUUUUCUGACGAACAGCUCUACAUGGAACACUACUCCAGAGCCAACUUUUGGUACCAGCACUGCUUCUAUGGGGUCAACCUGUCCAGCCUCCGGGCGGCUGCAGUGGACGAGUAUUUCAGGCAGCCGAUAGUAGACACAUUCGACAUCAGGAUUUUGAUGGCUCGGACAGUCAAAUACACAGUCAACUUCAUGGACGCCGAAGAGGCAGAUCUCCACAGAGUAGAAAUCCCCUUUGAGUUUCAGCUGACGCAGUCUGGCCUCGUCCACGGCCUGGCGUUCUGGUUCGACGUGGCCUUUGUGGGAUCUCUGGUAACUGUCUGGCUGUCAACAGCCCCAACUGAGCCUCUGACCCAUUGGUAUCAGGUGCGGUGCCUUCUUCACACUCCGCUCUUCGCCAAAGAAGGAGAGACCCUCUCGGGGAAAGUGCUGUUUGUAGCCAACAGACGACAGAGCUAUGACAUUCAGAUUGUGGCACUGGUAAACCAGACAGGCUUCAGAUCUGGGAACAUCCUCGAUUUAAAGAAUCCUUUCUUUAGGUUUGCUUAGAAGAUAGCCACAAGCCAAUCGAUAAGUAAAAUGAAGACCUGAGAAGUCCCUCAACACCGAAGUUCAUAUUUCAUGUUCCAAAUAUGCACUCUAAAUUUUACAAGGAUGAUUAGGUUGAUUUGAAUUCGUAUUUUUUCCCUAAAUAUAAAAUGUGCAUCCUCAUUUUAUUGACAAGUCUAUUUCUUGGUGCUUCUUAGACUGGCUUUUUACAGCUUUCUGCUUAUAGCUGAAGAAGAAUUUUUUCCUCAAUUUGUGAUUUCUCUUUAUUACUGUUUCAGUAAAGCCAACAGCUCUGCUUUCGUUUUUGAAGUAUUUACAAAAGAAAUUUAACAAAACCCUACCUCAUGUUUAUAUGUAUGCGUAUGUAUGACAUAACACAAGAGCAUGUUAGGAGUGAGCUUCUAUUUACAAUUUUAAGCUGUUUUCACUGAUCGUCUCAGCCAAUCAACAGUACUUUCUAACUCAGCAGUGUGUUAAAGAAUUUUUGCCUUAUCCAUGUAAUGGAAUAAUAGGACGUCAGGAAUGUUCUUCAUUGGCCGUAUUUGAUGACUGUAUGUAGCUAAGGAAAUAAAGAUGGACCCUUUGUCAGUUCUUUUAGGUUUACAAUAAAAAUGUACAGUGGAAGAUACCA